CCAAGACAAACCCUCCCCCCACGCCUCAUAAGCUACGCGUUAACAGUAAAUUGAAGAUCAAGUGGUAACAAUAAAUUAAAUAUCACGUGACAACUUAAAUGCAGUAAUGACGUAAGGACAGUAAACUAAAUGUGACAACCGGAAAAUAAUAGCAUCAGGGUGAUCAGUGGUGAAGAGGAUAAAGUAAAAGUAAAUUAAAUCUUUAUAAAUGCUCCGUAAAUGAAAAAAUGAGAGCGAGAGAGAUAGAGAGAGCUGAAGAGAGACGAGGUACAUUACUAACACUAGAGGCGCUGUGUCUCGACCCUCGGAGAGUCACUCGAACAAGGUAGUGCGUGGCGUAGGCGACGGGCAGCUGUGAGCGGGAAUAAACUGAAGCAUCAUAUAACUGCAAAAAUGGAGGAAACACCGGAAUUUGGGACAGAAAAGCUGCGCCGAGCAUGGGCAACUACGGAAUCCAACCCCUAUGAUAUGGAGGCAUGGAGCUUAAUUAUCCGUGAUGCUCAAAAUCGUUCCAUAGAUACUGCGCGGCCCAUCUUUGAGCGGUUGGUUACUACUUUCCCCACAACGGGCAAGUUCUGGAAGAUGUUCAUUGAGCAGGAGAUGAGGUCUUAUAAUUUUGAGAAAGUGGAAAAGUUGUUUCAACGAUGUCUGACCAAAGUGCUCAACAUUGAUCUGUGGCGCCUCUAUGUCACAUAUGUCAAGGAAACCAAGUCCAGCCUGCCAACGUACAGAGAGAAGUUGUCACAAGCAUAUGAGUUUGCCAUUGACAAGAUAGGUAUGGACUACAAUUCCUAUACACUUUGGAAUGAUUAUGCCAACCUAUUGAAGAAUGUUGAGGUUGUUGGCUCUUAUGCUGAAAACCAAAAAAUCAUGGCAGUCAGAAAGGUGUACCAGCGUGGUAUUAUCACCCCAAUGGCCAAUAUUGAACAAUUGUGGAGGGACUAUCUGGAAUUUGAGAAAAAUAUCAACCCAAUUAUUGCCGAGAAGAUGAACAUAGAGAGAGGACGGGAUUAUAUGAAUGCCCGGAGAGUUGGGAAGGAACUUGAAGCUGAAACGCGCGGCUUAAAUCGUCAUUUGCCCAGCGUGCCUCCAUCAGCUCUUCCAGAAGAAACAAAACAGGUUGAAAUCUGGAAGAGAUACAUCAGAUGGGAGAAGGAUAAUCCUCUUCGUACUGAUGAUCAGACGCUAGUGACCAAGCGUGUGAGAUUUGCUUAUGAACAGUGCCUCUUGUGUCUCUCCCACCACCCUGAUAUUUGGUAUGAGGGAGCACUGUUCCUUCAAGAAUCAUCAAAGCUUUUGUCAGAGAAAGGGGAUGUAAAUGCCAGUAAGAUCUUCAGUGAAGAAGCAGCACAGAUAUAUGAGCGAGCCAUCUCAGGACCAUUGAGAAAGAAUCAGCUCCUAUUUUUUGCCUAUGCUGACUUUGAAGAGUCACGCUUACGCUAUCAAGAAGUUCACAAGAUCUAUCAAAGAUAUAUUGAAAUGGAAGAUGUUGAUCCAACUCUGGCUUACCUUCAGUACAUGAAGUUUGCUCGACGUGCUGAAGGCAUUAAGUCUACACGAGAGGUGUUCAAGAAGGCUCGAGAAGAUAUGCGCACUCAGUUUCACGUUUAUGUUGGUGCUGCGCUAAUGGAAUAUUAUUGCACAAAAAAUAAGGACAUCGCUUUCAGAAUAUUUGAACUCGGUCUCAAGAAAUUUCCAGAUAAUGCUGAUUAUAUAAUGGCAUACGUAGAUUACCUGUCACAUCUAAAUGAGGACAACAACACAAGAGUUUUGUUUGAACGUGUGUUGACCUCCGGACAGCUGAAAAAUGAAGACACUGUUGGACUUUGGAAUCGUUUCUUGGAAUUUGAGUGUAAUGUAGGAGACUUAGCAUCCAUUGUUAAGGUGGAGAAGAGACGCGCUCAUGUAUUACAAAAGCUGCAAGAGUUUGAAGGGAAGGACACAGCUCAGCUUGUUGACCGUUACAAGUUUAUGGACCUUUACCCUUGUACUCCGGCUGAGCUAAAAGCCAUUGGUUAUCGCGACAUCUCCACCCACACAAUGAUCACCAACCCCAACAUUCCCCGAGGUUUGUCCAUCCAUGAUGCACAGGAGCCAACUUAUUCCAGACCGGACUUCUCACAGAUGAUCCCAUUCAAACCUAAAGCCAAAUACAUUCCGGGUGAACACCCUGUCAAAGGUGGAGCAUUCCCUCCUCCUCCUGCAGUCGCUAACUUGUUGUCCCUGCUGCCGCCACCCAAUUGCUUCCGUGGCCCCUUUGUCAAACUGGAGGCUUUAGUGGAUCUUUUCAUGAGACUCAAUCUUCCCGAGCAAGGUGGUCAGUGGUCAACUAGUGGCAGCCAUGAUGUUCGACUCUUUGAGCUGUCAAAGUCAGUCCACUGGGUGGUGGAUCCAAGUGGAGACCGCAAGAGGAAAGUAGUUCCAGGAGAUGACUCGGAUGAUGAGGAUGGCAACAAACCUGUCCUUACAAGUGACAUAUACAGAGCCAGACAGCAGAGAAAGAUGAAAUGAAACUAGUUUUUGUCACAUUCAGAGUCAAUGAAAUAUUGUCAUCACAUGCAUAAUGUUUGUACUAAACUGUGUAUAUAGAACAAUCCCAUGGCAGAUGGCUCAAGCUUCUUAUCUGUUAAGACGAAGAGGUGUUUUAAUCAUACACCCGACGUGUUGUUAUGCGGUUAUUCCUGUGCUCAAUACCAAGCAGUUAAAAUGCUUACCACAAGACUAAUUAUAGCAUGUUGAAGGGUUUCUGAUAUAUCUGUUGUACACUGCCUUCUUUUAUUUAAGACUUUUAAGUGUUGAAGCUAUUUAAGAUAUAUUACAUACUGUAUAACGAUAUCAUUAAUAAUGUGAGUAUCAUGUCCUGAAGAAGGACGAGGUAAAUGAUUGUUAAUAAAAGUGAAAACAAGUUGAUCGGAGCACACCAUGGUUCACAGACGACAUGCUUCAUCACUGAAGUACACUGGUUCACAGAUGACAUGCUUCAUCACUGAAGCACACCAUGGUUCACAAAUGACAUGCUUCAUCACUGAAGUACACUGGUUCACAAAUGACAUACUUCAUCACUGAAGCCACCAUGGUUUGCACAUGGCAUGUUUCAUCACUAUAAAGCUGAGUUUUAGAGUCGGCAACAAGAUGUUUGAUAAACUUGGAUGGUGUUAAGUGUGGUACAGGGAGGUGUUUAAUACUGCUCAUAAGGCUUUGAUAAUGUUAAGUCUGGUAUAAGGAGAUGCUUAAUACAAUUUAUAAGACUUAGCUGAUUUCUUGUUGUUGGGAUGCUGCUACAUAUAAUUUGUAGUUUGUUUGUUUUCAUAAACUGAUAUUACUGUAUCAAUUUUGAGUGGAGGGAAAACUGAGGUUGGCUUUUAAAUAAGUCAAAUGAUAAUUUAUGCAUAUAGUAUUUAGUUUGUAUAUAUUGUUUACUAUAACAGUGUACUGUACUGUAUGUACUUCUCUCCGAUGCUGAUCUGAUCUCAUCUUUUGGCAAGUUUUUUAUCCAUUUUGUCUGACAGAAAGUUUUAAAUUUGUGUAUAAAAAUAUUCUUAAGUUGCAUGGACUGUACUAUAUUACCGAAAAAUAUGUAAUGUAUAUUUAACAUAGAACUGGGAAUAGUGAGAGCCUUGGAUAUACAGAUAAUGUAUUGAAUAUAUAAUUUUUUGUGUGUGUAAAUAAUGACAUAUCACUUUUAAUUUCUGAUUUGUAUAUUUUUUCUUUCAAAUGCAAUGAAAAUUUUCAAAUGUUAUAACUAAACUAUACAGUACAUGAUGGAUUCAAUUGUUUUAAAUGAAGAGUACAAAUAUUGUAUGAGUGUUUGUAUAUAUAAUGUAUGUAUGUAUAUAAUGUGUAGGUCUAUAGUACAGACUGAAAGCAAAACAUUCUUGUGCAUUAUUCUUAAUAAAUGGAUUUGAGUAU